AUGAACACAACAGUGUUUUAUGUUCGGCAAGCAACAAUUGCAUCCUAUCUGGUUGCAAAAAGAAUUGCUAAGUGUAAACAGCCACACACAAAUGGGGAAAAUUUGGUGAAACUAGCAGUCCUUGAUAUGGUUCGCACUGUUAUCGGAGAUGAUGCAGUGAAAAAGACUGAAACUAUUCCACUGUCAAACAACACACUCAGCCGAAGGAUUCAAGAAAUGUCGGCAUACAUCAAAGAACAAGUAGUGACUGCCAUCAAAGAGAGCGGAAAAUUCAGCUUGCAGUUGGAUGAGUCAACUGACGUCAGUGACGAUGCACAGCUCUUGGUAUAUGCACGGUACCAAGGGAAGAGCGACAUGGAAGAGAACUUCCUGUUCUGUAAACGACUGGAGACGACAACAACAGGUGAGGAUCUGUUCAAGUUGGUUGACAACUUCAUCAAGGAAGAAAACCUAAGCGGGAUCAGUGUUUCAGUGUGUGCUCAGACGGAGCACCGGCAAUGCUAG